AGUGCUGCUAUUUUGGCAGAAAGGGGACCCCAGGUGGUGAGAAUGGGAGGUCCGAGGAUGUAACUCCCAUCCUGUGAGAGAUCUGACCACACAGACGCACGCGCAGACACUGCAAACAUGUUGAGUCUGCUCGUUCUUUACAGCGAGGCGCUGACGCUCUGCUGGACCCUGCAACCGGCCCAGGACCCCACAGUAACCGAGUACUCACUCCCAUCAGCAGCAGCAGCAGCGCCUCAUGCUGCACCAUGCUUCGUGGAGGACAUCUUUGCAGCGUUGCGUGAGGGUGUGGGGGACAGCGGCGAACUGACAAACAGCAGUUUGGUUCUGUUUGGAUUCUGCUCGCAGUCUGCCCACUCGUCAGCCUCGGUCUCGUUAGACCUCGCUAACAAGAAGAGCAGCUUGGAGGUUCUGCACCCAGCUGCAGUACAUGUAUCAGAGGAAGAGGAGCAAGGAACAAUCACGCUGACCUUUGACCUCCCACGGUCUCCUUCGCUCAGGACGAACCCCGUGCUGCUCUUGGCCUUUGAAAGUCCACUGGCACGAGGAGACCUGGAAGUUGCUUUCACUAGUCGGUCUCUGCAGCCAAACACGCAGGCUGUGUGCAUUUCAGGAGACACGCAGUAUGUACUGCUGACAGGAAAAUCAUCAGAGGGGAGCGUUAAUGACAGGUGGCAGAUUACUGCUGAGACAACACCCCCUCAUAUGAAACAAAACCUAAAAAGCAUCUUGAUUGGUGAAAAAUCAGGAAGUAACAUCAGCAUGAGUCCACUUCUGUUUUUCUCCGGGGGAACGGGAACUGAUACGAGAUGUGCUUCGGGCUCGCCCCCGGCAUCUCUGCAAACCUCCUUCCUUUGUGAGAUGAAACGCUUCCUGGGUGGUGUUCUGCCUCAGGAACACUUCGCAUCCCCUCCACUUCCUCUGGACUCCUUACAGUCUCUGCCUCCCCUCUCGCUUGGCUUAUCCUCCAGCGAGACCCUGCUGGCAGUAAUGAUCAACUCCACAGCUCCCACAGUCUUUGGCUUCACGAGCUGGAGCUCUGUGUCGCCGGUGUGCCACGGAGAGCUGGCCCUGUCUGCUGCACUGUUAGAGGAGCUCAGACAGAAACUGGACCAGACUUUGGUGCAAAUGACAGAUCUAAUCAGAGAGGAAGAGGUUUCACCGGGAGCCAAGGAGAGCCUGGGGAGGCUCAAAGAACUGAGUGCGUUACAGAAGAAAGAACAUGCCACAGGAGGGAGUCAGUUCCGUGCGUUUCUUCUGCUGAAGGCUCUGCAGACGGUGGCCCAAACGUACGACGCGCAAAGAAAACUGCGGGCCACCAGAGCAGACCCCAGUUCGUCAGUGAGGGGCAGCGUCUGUGGGCUGAGGGCUCUCACCGUGUCCCUGACGAAGCUUCUUGUCGGCCCAAGCAGCGCAAACAUUAACAAUUGCCACGGCUCCUGCGCGUUCCCUCUGACCAACGGCAACAACCACGCCAUCCUGCUCAACUCCCACAUCGAGAGCGGCAACGCGGAUGAGCGUUCGCCCUGCUGCGUGCCCGUGGCCUACGAAGCCCUGGAGGUGGUGGACUGGAACGCAGAUGGGACCUUCAUCUCAAUCAAGCCAGAUGCGGUUGCGAGAGAGUGUGGAUGCCGCUAGAGCUGUUCUCUACAGCUACUUUACCCCAGCAUUUAUAACUUUCACACAACUGAUAGUUAUGUGCAUGUUUCAGUUAUGAAAUAUCAAUUACAAUACACCACAUGUACUUUUAAUUAAAUAUAACUACUUUUAUGCUUUAUUAAAGAUCACAAGUCUUAAGAUCACAAAGUUGAUGUGAAUGCUAUUCAUGUUAAGAUAUUUGAUAAUUAGUGAUGCUAAAAUGAAUCAGAUCUUGUCAUUUUGAAAAUAUUUUAAUUGGAAUAAUGUUUCUGAGUGUUAAACUGUUAAAAGGAUGAAAUAUAGCCUUCUCAAACUUGUGAUAAUUAAAUGCAAAGUGUAUUUAAAGUUCUGUAUUCGUAGCCAUACAGCUACAUAAGCUACAGUAUAUGUUUUAUGCUUUGAUUUUGGGUUUCAGGAUUGCUUUAUUAGCAACUGGCUUCUUCCUUCUUCUAAUCGCUCCGACUUCUUCAGAUCCCCACCACCGGGUGAAGCUGUCCCAUAUGGAGAUCUGGAGGCAGACAAUGGGAGACAAGACACGUGUGAUUCCAUAUCAACCAGCCCUAAAUACUGUGGAAAUCCUAUACUGUUGCAUAAUAAAAAUUCUCAUUUAUAAUAA